UGUGUGUGUGUAUGUGUUUGAAGCAGGAAGACUCCGCUCCGGGUUUAAUUAUCUUCCGUUCUCCUCCCGUAGGUCGCCAUAGCAGGAGCCCCCGUCACCGUCUGGAUGGCUUACGAUACCGGAUACACGGAGCGGUACAUGGAUGUGCCAGAGAACAACCAGCAAGGCUACGAAGCGGGCUCAGUGGCCCUGCAUGUUGAGAAACUCCCUAACGAGCCCAACCGCUUGCUGAUCCUCCACGGGUUUCUGGAUGAAAACGUGCACUUUUUCCAUACCAGUUUCUUGAUCUCCCAACUAAUCCGGGCUGGGAAACCGUAUCAGCUACAGGUAGGUGAGAGUGCCGGAGAUGAGCAGGGCCCCCUCCUGCCCCCUGGGAUCAGAAGAGCAUUAUAGUUGGUAAGGUGCAGGUCCCUGCCAGCUCAGGUACUGGUAUUUCUUUAAGUUUA